AUGACCAUACAACAAAAGAUUGAAAGGAGAUGGCCAUUGACUUUCUUCUUAUUUUACACAUUUAUAUUUCAUGGGACAGGCUCUGCAAUAAUAACAGGUGGUAUUGAAUUUGCAGUAGCGUAUGGGAUGUAUAGGCAUCCCAAAAAUCACGAUGUCGUGAAAAUGUGGGGGUUUCCUUAUACUUUAGCAGGGGACCUUGUGGUGACCAUUUUUGUACAAAAUAUUGCCACUUGGUUUAUUGAAGAAAUAAUCGUUGGUGGAGAUUGGUUUCAAAAUAAUUCUUGUCAUUGCCCCUUUGGAAAAAAUAUAAAUAAGGGGCUAUUAGAGAUAUGGUUGGAAGUCAAAAGAUGCACCAUUUUACCAGUCAAUCAAAUUGAUGAUAAACUCAUACUACAAUAUAAAAAUCCUAUAUCGCUAUUUUGGUUAGGCGUCAAGUUAUUAUUAUUCAGAAAUCCUAACCACAGAGAUAAUAAAACAUUAAAAUAUGAUUUUAAAAAUUUGUGUGUAUGGGCAAUUAAUAAACUUAUUAGGGCAAUUUUAAUAUCUGUUGCAAUUUUUAUAGUAGUAUGGCCAGUAACUUUAGGUAUUAUUACAACAUCAGCUAAACAUCGUAUCCCUCACGAUUAUAUAUAUAAUAGUUAUCCAUUCCCACAAGUUUUAAAACUUAUCUUUGGUGCUGUAGUAGCAUUUAUUAGCACACCAAUCAUGGUGAUUACCAUAAUUUUAAGGAACGACAAUUAUUUGAAAUUAGUGAAAUCUGGUGAACUGACAGAUUCAUUGUUUAAGAGUGCCAGUUCAAAUGAGACCCAAGACGAAAAUCAUGAUAAUGGCCAUGAUUCAGAGACUGAAGAAGUCUAA